AGGCGAACGACAUGGCACUGACCAUGGCACGGCUGUUCACGGGCAACUGACUGCUCUCCUCCUCAUCCCCAUUCCCCGCUUCCUCCUGCCGGUCCCCCGUCGCCCCCCCCAGAAUGUGUACUUUGUGAACUCGGGUUCAGAGGCCAACGACAUGGCGCUGACCAUGGCACGGCUGUUCACGGGCAACUAUGAUGUCAUUGCUCUGCGCAAUGCGUACCACGGCAUGUCGCCCGCUACCAUGGGCCUCACAGCGCACAGCACGUGGAAGUUCAACAUUCCUCAGCCACCCUCAUGCGCCGUGCGUACAGCGCCUGAGGGGGGCUCUCUUUCUCUUUCUGCGCCCCUUCUGCCCACCCCUUCGCCUCCAGUUUCCUUCCACUCAGGGCACUCAAACCUGACUCGUAUUGGGGGAGUAUUCGUUGCUCACAGUGUCUUUCGGGCGUCCCUGCCUUCCCCCAACCACCUUUUCCUUCCCCUUUCCUUCCUGUUUUCCCUCCCCUCGCCAGGGCUUUGGCAUCCAUCAUGCACUCAACCCCGACCCAUACCGGGGCGUGUUCGGUGCUCACAAUGCCUUUGGGGCCUCCCCUUCUCCCCUCAACCACCUUUUCCUUCCUCUCUCCCCUCCUGUUCCCCCCCCCCACCUUGGAAGGGCUUUGGCAUUCAUCACGCACUCAACCCUGACCCAUACAGGGGCGUGUUCGGUGCUGACGCAGCAAAGUACGCAGCUGACGUGGACGACCUUAUCCGCUCGUCUACGCCGGGCCGCGUGGCGGGGUUCAUUGCCGAGACCAUCCAGGGGGUGGGCGGCACAGUGCCUCUGACACGUGGCUACCUGCCAUUGGUGUACGAGUCGAUCCGGGCGGCGGGGGGAGUGUGCAUAGCGGACGAGGUGCAGACGGGGUUUGGGCGCACAGGAUCGCACUACAGGGGGUUUGAGACGCAGGGGGUGCUGCCAGAUAUCGUCACCAUGGCCAAGGGGGGUGGGCGCACGAGGUGCGAACAGGUGUUUGGGCAGACGGGGUACAGACGGGGUUUGGGCGCACAGGGUCGCACUACUGGGGGUUCGAGACGCAGGGAGUCAUGCCCGACAUUGUCACUAUGGCCAAGGUAUGAGCAUGGAUAUGGGCAUGGCAAGGCAUAUGGGUUUGGGUGCACAGGGUCGCACUACUGGGGGUUCGAGACACAAGAAGCCAUGCCCGACAUUGUCACCAUGGCCAAGGGUCGCACUACUGGGGAUUCGAGACGCAGGGGGUUACUACUCCCGAAAUUGUCACUUUGGCUAAGGUAUGAUGAGUACGGCCAAGGUUUCGAUAAGAGUAGCAAGUCCAGCAGUGCUUGUUGUUCUGCCGCCUUCAAUUUCCUACACAAGCCAAAGCCUACCUCCCUCUGCUCCCACCCACUGCAGGGCAUAGGCAAUGGCUUGCCGCUGGCAGCGGUGGUAACGCCGCCGGAGAUAGCAGCAGUGAUGGCCCAGGGGCUGCACUUGAACACAUUUGGCGUCAACCCCGUGAGCUGCGCUGGCGGCCAGGCUGUGAUUGGUCUUCCAUGCGAUGAUUGUGAUUAUCACUAUCUCUACAUCUCUCCGCUCCCACCCCGCCCACCACAGGGAAUAGGAAAUGGGUUACCCCUAGCCGCAGUGGUAACCACGCCGGAGAUAGCAGCAGUGAUGGCCCAGCGGCUGCACUUCAACACGUUUGGGGGCAACCCUGUGAGCUGCGCUGGCGGGCGGGCGGUGCUGCGCAUCAUAGAGGAGGAAGGGCUGCAGGGGAACUGCGCGCACGUGGGGGGUUACCUCAUGGGGAAGCUGCAAAAGCUUAAGGAGAAACACGAAGUGAUCGGGGACGUGAGGGGUGCGGGGCUGAUGCUGGGAGUAGAGCUGGUAACAGACCGGGCCGCCAAAACUCCCGCCAAGGCCGAGACACUUCAAGCCUUCGAGCGCCUCAAAGAUCUGGGCGUGCUGGUGGGCAAGGGAGGGCACUAUGGGAAUGUGUUCCGCAUCAAGCCACCCAUGUGCUUCACCACUGCCGAUGCUGACUUCCUCGUUGAGUGCAUGGACGUGGCGUUCUCAGAGCUUUAG